AUGGGGCUGUGCCCCCCCAGCCCAGCACAGAGCCUUGGCAUCAACACGCCGCCUCCCCUGCUCCCCACGGGCAUCCCGCCCCACGGGGACCCACGGCGGUGCCACCUCCAUGGGGUGAACCCGCACUCCUGCUCCGGGCAGGACCGGAUCCCGCAUGCAGGAGCAUCCCUGCCCCGAGCGGGCAGUGCCCGAGGGGCAGCGCUGUCCCCGCGCUCCGGCCCGCCCGUGCCACCGCUCUGGGGCCGCGUCCCUUUGCAGCAUCGCCCUGGGCACCGCAGCCUGGGCCGGCCCCGAGCCGCAGCACCCACCGGGGACCCCGCGGGGCUGCAGCAGCCCCGGCUGGGGCGAACGCACCCCGGCAUCCCCACCCCAGCCCGGCAUCCCCACCCCAGCCCGGCAUCCCCAGCCCGGCAUCGCCCGCCCCUCCAUGCCCGCUGCCGGGGGUGCCCGGCGCGGAGAGGCGCCGCCGCUGCCAGCGGGGUCCCCGGGGACAUCCCCCCGCCCUGCGCCGUGCCCGGGCCCGCUGCAGCCCUGUCCCCGCGCUCACCGUGCCCGUGGCAGCCCGCGGCGUGGGCAGGCGGCGGUCGGGAGCGCGGGGAUGCUGCGGAGCGCGGGGUGCGGGACGAGGCGCCCGCCCGUGUGUGCGUGAGCCGCCCUGCGCCAGCUGCCGCCGAAUGCACCACAAAGACCACCAUAGCCCCCCGGCCCCCCCACGCCACUGGUGACGGUGACGUCUCAAGUGUGAGCGAGACGGGGAGGUUUAACCCGCUGCGUGCCGGCAGAGCGGCAGAGCGCUGCGGCCUGGCGGGGAGAGGGGUCGGGCAUCCCAGUGCCCCCCAGCAUCCCACCCCGACCCCCGCCCGCGGCCCCUCCCGCCUGAUUGACAGCGCCCGCAGCCAAUGGCCGAGCUCUGCCGCCGGGGGGGCGGGGGGCUCGCGGCUACAAGAGGGGCGGGAGCGGCGCGGGCAGAGCCGGCGGCUGGACCGGACCGCGGCCCCUCCGGUACCGGUACCGGCUCCGCCGAGCGCACCUGCCCGCCCGCAGCACAGGUAA